AUGGCUGCCUCUGACUCAUCUGGCGCGGAUGGACGCGCGCCCAUGCAGGAUUGGAAGAGUUUCCCGGAGUUCCUCCGUGAGGGACAUUGGAACGUGCUUCAAUCGGCGGAAGAGCGCCAACUGAAGAAGAUUGAGGUGUUGUCGCGCCAUCUCGUGGACAUGGGUUUGCGCCAUCCUUCAGAAAGAACUAUGACGACUCUUGCGUCGGUGGUGAGUCAUUGUUCUGGACAGCACAAUGACGAAGACUCUGCUCGGCUGCAGGCAUUAUUGCAGACAGUGAAGUCUGUGCUGAAGGCACACACUGUACGAGCGAGGCAGGUUGCGGCGCCUGUGUUCACAGCUUACUUGCAGACGUUGCCUGCUAGUGUAGCUGAACUUCCGGAGGCCAUGAGAGAGCAUUUUUUUCCUGGCGGUGCAUUUCAGCCGCCAGUUGACUUGCCGCCGAUCUACGCAUCCGCUGCACUGUGGCCGUGUCGCAGUACGAACCGGCAAGUGUCACUGGCGCGCCAGCUUACUGCUGGAGGAAACAUGCUGAUGAAUGGCUCAGGUUCUUUGGCGGCUGUCGCGCAACAAGCGGCGCUGCAGACUGCUGCCGCCUUUGCGUCAAUGAGUCGCAGCUCUAGUGGAGGGUUUGAAGUGCCGGGUCUUGAGAUUUUGCCAGCCGGGCAAAGGGCGAUGGCGCAUGCUCAAGCGCAAAUGACAAGUCGCCAAACGCCUUUGGCUGCCUUGAUGAACAGAGCAGAGUCGCAUGGAGUUCCAAGUGCUCCUGCCGUGAUGGACAGAGCACAGUUGCAAGGAGCCCCAAGCGUUCCUGUGUCGAUGGACACAGAGCCGUCGCAAGGAGUGCCAAAGGCAUCCGAAAGCGGUCCUGCCACUGGUCCUGCGGUUGCUCGACCAGCAACUGCGUUGCCAGCUUGCGUUGCACCAGCAUCAGUAGGCGAUCCGGCUUUGCAGAGUCAGACUGAGAUUUCUGCACCUGUUGCUGACCAAGCGCAGGAGGAACUGGACCGCUGUGUGAUGGCUCUUUCUCAGGAGCAUUAUGGUUCGACGCUUCCGGACUUGCCGGACGCUGAUGCGCCAGAAGCAGGCAAAUCCAGUGGACAGGGGGCUAAGAGAGGCCGUCCCGCGGGAAAGGCCGCUGCGAAGAGACCAGCUGCCUGUCCGAAGACUUUGGCAAAGAAGCCGGGCUGCAACAUCAAGACUGUGCUCAAAAAACCUGCGGGCAACACUCAGAGCGCGUUGAAAAAGCCUGCGGGCAAUUUCCGGGACGCGCUUACGAAGCCGGCUGGCGGAAGAGAUUUGAAGUCAGUGACUCGGCAGCAGGCGUUGCGGCAGCGUCCUGAGGGAGAUAGAGUCAAGGUUGACUUGCCUGGCUCUGAGAAGUUGGUGAUGCCGACGCUGACGUCCCUGUGGUCACGCCGUGAGGAUGAAAAAAAACGUGCGGCGGAAGUUCUUACCGUUGAAGACAGCCCAAGCCAAAAACGCACAUGUCCAGAUGACCGAGGUGUGGGCUACAAAGGUCGACAAGCGUUGGCAAACAGCGUUUGUGACAUUGUGGAGAAGCUGCGGGGUGUGCCAGGUGAGGCUCUGCCUGACCAUCGCAGAACUUCGUUUCUGCGACUCUUGGAUGCUGCUGUGCUGGAUGUCAUCGACGAUGAACUUCCGUCGAAAGAUCUUGCUAUCAUCCGACGAGUGGUCAGAGAUGCUUCGACUGCUUUAGAACUGCAGGGCGUUGCUGCGAUGACGAGUCGGCCUGCGGGCCGCUCCGGAGUGGCUGCCAACUGCUUCGCAGUAGCUGGCCUGCGGGAGACAGCAGAUCGUGGCCGGUCUUCGUCGUCGCACACUGACCACCGGCCUAAGGGCCCAGAAAGAAAGCCAGAAGCUGAGUCCGCGGACAAGGACGAGCAGCAGGAGGGUCGCAAAAGGGACCGCGACGAAGAAGAGCCUGGACGGAAUAGAGGUCGGACCCCAUGCGCUGGCGCUGCUCGUAAGUGGAGGAUAUAUGAUGACUCCACGCAGUGUUCCAACUGUAAGCGGUGGAUCAACAGCAGUCAUGCCGCGUGGGACCAGCACAGAAAUGGGAAGUUUUGUCGGAGCUACACCUACUACAAUCGUGGCUACGAUUGGAAGACUGCCCAGGAAAAGGCGGACUACGCCAUCCGGCGGGAGCAGGAGAACUACGAGUAUCUGACCCGCGGGUCAGAGACACCUCGGCAGGCGCCAGUCCUGCGUGAGAAGGUCUCUGCGCCGGAACCUGCGGGUUCUGUGCCUGAGCCCGAGGGUUCGCCGCCGCGUGAUCGUGAUGAAAGAGACCAGCGGCGAGAGCGACGCCACAGGUCUCGUUCUCGCAGCCGGCGAAGACAUCGCCGCAGCCAUCGCAGCCGGCGAGCAGACUCGGAGCGCCAGAGGGAGCUUGAGUCUCGGCUGGAUAAAGCCUUGGAGAAGUAUCCAUCGCGUGCGCGCGAUGGACGUGGCGCAGGGGAUCGUCGGCCCGAACCUCGCCGCUCUGAGGAAGGGCAGGCCAAACCGCUUGCCCCCCAAGUUGUGAAGGAGGAAGAGGAGAGCGAGAAGUCCUCUACUCAGGAGGAGGAAAGCGAGGAAGAAGAAUCUUCUCGCUGUGGGACUGACCCGGGCAAGCCUGCUGCCCAAACGGCUACCUCUGGCAGGGCUGCUGCCUCUGGCAAGCACAAGCCUGCUGCCUCUGUCAAGCCUGCUUCCUCUGGCAGGGCUCCCAAGGCCAAGGCAGGAGCAGGGGCGGUGAAGCAAGUGCAGCCUGUGCAGUCUGCUGCGCCUGCUCCCUCCCAAGCUGCUGACGUUGACGAGCAGCGCCAGAGGUUCGUCAGUGGUUUGCUCGCCACGGCGAUCCGUGAGGGACUGCGGUCUGGCCAGUAA